CGGAAAACACCACCAUAUUCAGUUUCAUCUCUCAAACUCAUCGACAAUUUAACUCAAAAGAUCACAACUUACAACACUACACAUUCACCAUUUCUUGAAAACCCAACACUCAAACCUCAAGAAAAACAACACCCAUCUCCUCAAUUUCUCCAAAGCUUCAAUCUUUUUCAAUCUUCAUCACACCCCUCAUCAAUCUUGACCCAAUAUACACUCAUUCUUCCCCUAAUCCUUGAAAACCCAACAUUAAAACAUCAAGAAAAUCAACACCCACCUUCUCAAUUUCAGUAAAGCUUCAAUCUUUACCCAAAAUACAUUCAUUUUUACCCUAAUUCUUGAAAACCCGACACUCAAAGAUCAAGAAAAUCAACACCCACCUUCUCAAUUUCAGUAAAGUUUCAAUCUUUACCAAUCUUGACCCAAAAUACAUUCAAUUUUCUCAAUUUCUUGAAAACCCAACAUUCAAAGAUCAAGAAUAUCAACACCCACCUUCUCAAUUUCAGUAAAGUUUCAAUCUUUAUCAAUCUUGACCCAAAAUACAUUGAAUUUUCACAAUUUCUUGAAAACCCAACAUUAAAACAUCAAGAAAAUCAACACCCACCAUCUGAAUUGCUAUAAAGUUUCAAUCUUUAACACACCCACCAUCAAAUCUUGACCCAAAAUGGUGGUAAAGAUGAUGAAAUGGAGACCUUGGCCACCAAUAUUAUCAAGAAAGUUUGAGGUGAAAUUGGUGGUGAAGAAGAUGGAAUUUGGGGGUUGUGAUCCUGUACAUGCGGACACAGAGAAAGAUUAUCAUAGGGUUGUGGAGAUCAAGUGGAAAGGACCCAAGAUCACUCUUGGUUCAUUGAGGAGAACAGUGAAGAGAGAGGUUACAAAAGAUGGGAGUAUUGUUGAUCCAAACGGUGUCGUUUUGUGGGAUCAAGAAUUUUGUUCAGUUUGUACCCUUUCUGGGUAUAAAGAAAAUGAGUUUCUUCCUUGGGAGAUUGGGUUCAAAGUCUUGAAUGGAUCAAACACGGGCCCGAAGAAUAAAGUUCCUUUAAUCGGAAAGGCGUAUUUAAAUCUCGCUGAAUUUGCUUCUUCUGCCAAUGAAAAGGAAUUUGAACUUAACAUUCCGCUGAUCGUUCCAUCUGGAGCAACCGAAUUUCCCCCCUCUCUUCAUAUAUCGCUUAGCAUGGUGGAGUUGAGAGCCCCUCAACCAGUCGAGUCAACGCAAAGUCAAAGUCAAACAUCCGAAACUUCAUCGGGAGAGAAAGACGAGCAUUCUAAACUCAAAUCCGGAUUAAAAAAAGUAAAAAAUUUUAAGGAGUACGUAUCAAUUCGAAGAGGUAAUAAAAAACCGUCUCAUGUGGCCGAACACGAAAUUAGCGAAAGCAGGAGUGACGAAGGUGACUAUCCCAAUCUCGUUGACUUUGACUCACUGGACGAAUCACAAGACGGCAACAUGGAAAACGCAACAAUUCGGAAAUCGUUCAGCUACGGAACUUUAGCAUACGCAAAUUGGGCCGGCGGGUCGUUGUUUGAGGACAACGUUUAUUAUAGUAACCAGAAAUCGGAUGACGGUUGCUCGCCAGAAGAGGAUUUGACCGCUUCGGUUUUCGAACAGAGCGUAAUUCAAAACUCGAAACGUAGCAUUUUACCGUGGAAGAAAAGGAAACUGAAUUUUAAAUCACCGAAACCGAAGGGGGAGCCGCUGUUAAAGAAAGACUAUGGUGAAGAAGGUGGAGAUGAUAUUGACUUUGACCGCCGUCAACUCAGCUCCGAUGAAUCUCUUGCUGGGUGUCAUAAAUCCGAUGAAGACUCGUGUACGAACCCACAUGUGGUAUCCGAGUUCGGGGACGAUAGUUUUGCGGUCGGAAAUUGGGAAAAUAGGGAUAUAAUCAGCCGUGACGGGUGCAUGAAGCUUAAGACGCAAGUCUUCUUUGCUUCAAUCGAUCAACGAAGCGAACAGGCGGCCGGAGAGAGCGCGUGCACCGCCCUCGUGGCGGUGAUCGCGGAUUGGUUCCAAAACAAUCACCAUCUCAUGCCGAUCAAAUCACAAUUCGAUUCUCUAAUACGAGAAGGCUCGUCAGAGUGGAGAAACCUCUGCGAUAACGAAAAUUACAUGAUCCGUUUUCCCGAUAAACAUUUCGACCUGGAAACCGUUCUCGAAGCCAAUCUACGCCCGCUAACCGUAACCCCGGGAAAAUCUUUCGUCGGCUUUUUCCAUCCGGACGAGUCCAACGAGGGUAGUUUCGACUUUUUACAUGGAGCAAUGUCGUUCGAUAACAUGUGGGACGAGAUUAGCCGUGAAUCGGAAGCUUCUAGAAACAACGAGCCGCAAGUUUACAUCGUGAGCUGGAACGACCACUUUUUCUUGUUGAAAGUUGACUCCAAUGCUUAUUACAUUAUCGACACGUUAGGCGAACGGCUUUUUGAAGGGUGUGAUCAAGCGUAUAUCUUGAAAUUUGAUCGAGAUUCAGUGAUCUUCGAAAUGCCUGAACAAAUCUGCAGUUCUGAGGACUCUGCAGAAAAGUCAACAGAGGGUCCUUCGGAAAAGUCAACGGAAAAGUCAACUGAAGAAAGCGAGGUUAUUUGUCGCGGUAAAGAGUCUUGUAAGGAGUAUAUAAAAAGUUUCUUAGCUGCUAUUCCUAUUAGGGAACUGCAAGCAGAUAUCAAGAAAGGUUUAAUUUCGUCGACUUUGAUUCAUCACCGGCUGCAGAUUGAGUUCCAUUAUACGCGGUCACUGCCGCCACAAACACCGCCACAAGCUGCCGACAGUGUUCAAGUGGCGGUCACUGCCACGUCAGCACCGAUAACUGAGGCUGUAUAAGAGGAGGAUAUGUGAGUUUGUAAGAUCACUAAAGUGGUCAAUAUAAAUGUGAGUUUGCAAGUAUUUGACUUUUUCCGUUGACUUUUCUCUUUUUUUUUUUGUGGGAAGGGACAGUGGUUUGUAAAAAAAACUGAAAAAGGUAAAGUGUUGAUAAGUCAUAACCUCUGUAGUUUAAUGUUUUAAUGUUGUAGUGAGUUGUACUAUGUGCAAUGGAACUUGUACUUAAUGUAGUUUUCUCAAUAUGUUUGUUA